CAGCGUCGGAAUAUCUCCGCUCGUAGAGCAUGCAAAGGAAAAAUAAAAACAUUUCUAUUAUGCAAUUCAAAUCUAAGUAAUUGUUGAGUUUAUACUUAAAAGUUGAUCAGUUCAGCCGUUAUUGAAAUAAUUUUUGGUAAUCUCGAGCGCUUGCAACUCGUCGGCUCUCGUAUAGAUACACGAGAUUUGUGUGAUUCAAAAACUAAAGCAGAGCAAAAAAAUCAAAGAAAACAUAGUUAAACUGGUUAAUUAUUUGAGCAACAAACGAUGUUGGUUACUAUAUUACUGUUAUUCAUCUUCAUUAUAUUGGUAUGGAAUUAUUAUUCACAUUAUGGAAGAAACGGGCGUCUUAUCAAUCUUAUACCAGGACCACCAGGUCUUCCGAUUCUUGAAAAUGCAUUGGAAUUUCUUGGUUCACAAGAAGAACUAUUCAAAACAGUGUCUACUUUUAAUGAUCAGUACUAUCCCAUUUGUAAAGUUUGGUCGUUCUUUCUGUCCGCUGUAUAUAUCCGUCAUCCGGAUGAUCUAGAGGUAAUACUAAGCAGCUCGCAGCACAUCGAAAAGGGUUGGAUUUAUAAUUUUAUAAAACCUUGGCUUGGUAUUGGUCUUCUCACUAGUGGAGGAAGCAAAUGGCAUUCACGGCGAAAAAUGUUAACUUCCACAUUUCAUUUUAAUAUAUUGCAGCAGUUUGUUGAGAUUUUUAUUGAAGAGAGCGAAAAAAUGACAAAGUCCUUAAAGCAUACGGGAGGCACAGUUGUAAAAGAUUUAACAUCGUUUGUUAGUGAACAUGCGCUGAAUGCAAUAUGUGAAACUGCAUUGGGUACUUCUCUAAGAGAUCUAAAUGAAUUUCAACAAUCUUAUCGAGAUGCGGUUUACCGGGUGGGCGAACUUAUUAGUUAUAGAGCAAUGAGGCCGUGGCUGUACUCCGAUUGGAUAUUUUCAUUAUUGCCAAAAGGUAGAGAACAAAAAAAACUUCUGAAGAUAUUACAUGGAUUUACCGAAAAAAUUAUUGCCGAAAGAAAACUUGAUCAUGAACGCACUAAUGGUCAAUACUUGAAAAACUUUGGUAAUGAAGAUUUCGCAGAAGAAAAUUACGUAAAAACAACUGGAACACGGAAAAAGCGACUUGCAAUGUUGGAUCUUUUAAUAUCGGCAUCUCGUGAAGGUCUGAUAUCUGAUUCAGAUAUUAGAGAGGAAGUCGACACUUUUAUGUUUGAGGGUCAUGAUACUGUGGCAACGGCUCUAUGUUUUAUUUUGGCAUUAUUAGCUGAGUAUAAAGACAUUCAGGAUCGUGUCAGAAACGAAAUCGAUAUUGCUAUAAAAGAGAAUGGGGAGAAAUUUACUAUAAAAUUAUUGCAACAGCUACCAUAUUUAGAGAAAUGUAUAAAAGAAGGAUUGCGCUUAUAUCCCAGUGUUUAUUUUAUAUCACGCGUUACUGCAGAAGAUGUAAAAUUACAAUCAUAUGUAGUACCUGCUGGAACACUUUUGUUUAUGUUUUUCAACAAAGUCAACAGAGACCCGAAUUUUUGGCCAAAUCCAGAUGUAUUUGAUCCAGAUAGAUUUUUGCCCGAGAAGAUCCGAAAUCGUCACCCUUACUCGUAUUUACCAUUUAGCGCUGGACCACGUAACUGCAUCGGCCAACGAUUUGCUAUGCUGGAAAUGAAGGCGAUGAUAGCCUCUCUGAUACACGAUUUCUACUUGGAGCCUGUUGACUAUUUAAAAGAUCUUUCAUUGCGAGCGGAUAUAAUACUUCGUUUUGCUCCGCCAUUUCGUUUAAAAUUUGUUCCUAUUCGUAAAAUUAAUAAAUGUCUUUGAAUCGCAAAUACCGAUUUAGUAAUUAAGUAGGAAGUAGGAAUUAAGUAGAAGAUAUAUACAUCAUUAAAAUAAAGAUGUUUACAUAUUAUUACACCCAAUAAAAUAUAAAUUUUUUUGAAUUGUUAAAAUGUGUUCAACCAUUUAAUACAUAAUACUAACUUGUAAAACAUAACAAGAUAAUGUAAUGCAAAAAGAUUAUUGUGGAAAAAGUUAUGCUGUUUAUGUCCUGUAUUAAAUAUAUACACUAUGGAAUAUGA